UCAGCGCAGUGGGUGAAAGCCUGAUAAGUUGACAGCAAACUGCGAGCGUUGUGAAAAAAUUGCAAUUUGCAUUUCGGAUAAAUAAAAACUUAUUCGAAACGAAUAAAAGCUUGCUUCCUCGGGGAAUAGCCGUUGCGUAUAAAAUAUGUUGACAUGUCCACUGUCAUCGUAAUUAAAGCUUCCAAAUAAUAUAACACUAACUAAAUAAAUAUCUGCUUCGAAGACUAAUAAGUCACCGAAUGAUAAAACAUCCAACUUGUGAGACAGUAGGUGAUAACAUUUGAUGCAAACUGAAGAAUUGCUGUCAAAGAAUAAUAAUUCAUAAUCCGUGUUCAGUUAUUAUUCAUGAAUACUCCAACAAGUGCGACAGAAAAAGUAUUUAGAGAUGGCUGAAGAUCUGAAUGGGAGAUCUCGUGAUCGGCUGCACGAUAUCCGUAUCAAACUUGAGCAGAGUCAUCUUGUAUACCUUCAAACUGAUGACAGCCCAUUGAAAUUGCAGCACCGCCAGAAGCUUGAAGGUUUCAUCAAGGAAUAUCUAUGUUUGGUCCCGAAUGACAAUAAAUAUGUGUUUCAAGACACAGCAGAUGUCUUGCAUAGCUCUGCUGCCUCCAUGCAAGACUUCAGUGGGUAUAGAGCAUGUAAUGCAUGGAAUGCAAUUGCUUUGUAUGCUGCUAACUUGCUGGCCCAACCUUGGCGAAAAGAAUACAAAAAUUUAAAGACCUACAGUGGUUAUUGGAAACAUGAAGUGGAUGCUAAUAUAAUUGGAGGGGAAUGGAUGUUUGAGGUCAUGGGUUAUCGACUUGCCGGCUUACGUGAAUUAACACUUGAAGGCCCCAUAGACCCAGAUAAAGUAUCUAACGUUAGCAGGGACGCGAUUGUAGCAUUUGUCGAAUGCCAGAUAUUGAAACAGAUUUGGGAAAGUGUGUCUCAGAAUUUUACUAUCUCAUGGCUUGAAGUAUUAGAAUUUCGAGAAAAUCACGUUGGAACUCCAGAACAAGCGAUAAGAGCCUUGAAUUAUCGUUUUCUCGAAAAAGUACAUCACAACCGAGUCAAGACUUCAACUUAUAGAGAUUACCACCAGUUGCCCCUGAAUACUUUAGAUUUAAUAUCAUCCUCCCCUUACAAUUUCCCUCCAAAUAGCUACAAUACUUAUUCCCCCCAGUAUCCUAUUACUGGAUACAAGCAUUUCAACGACAACCAUGCCCCACCCAUGAACCUACAGCAUGUUCAAUCAGUCGAUCCAAAUUCUGGUAAUAGAUGUAACAUUUAUGGGCAUCCGAGGGUAGAUAGUAAAUAUUUUAGUGGAAUAAAUGCCAAUGAGUAUUGUGCGCCGGUCUCUAACUAUGCUGCGAGAGUACCGAUAGGGCAACUGAUAGAAUUGGACACACCAAUGCCUGUAAUUAACCACCAGAACAAAGAUAACAAGAAAAUAGUUGACACAAUCCUACAUUAUACUCGGGAUUUUGAUGAGCCAGAUUCCAGCAAGAGUGUACCAGGAGACUUGAAUAAUUACGAGUACGCUAAAGUUGAGAAGAAGCCCUUAAAAGCACCUCCUGGGGGUAAUGAGAAAGAUUCUUUCAGUAGCUGGGAUUUUGUCUAUCGUAACUUGGAAAGUCUUGGCUAUUCGAAAGACCUUGGAGAUCGAGAGGAUGUCUUGCACAAGAGGGAAUCAGAUUUGUACAGGAUUCGGCAAAAGCCUAUUAAGGAAACUAUCAAUAAUCAGGAGGAAAAGUACACAUUCAAUCAUUCAGACAAACGAAGGGUUCACUCCAACUUUGAAGGACUAGACAGAUUAGCUGCAAAUGGGAGAGUUAGCACUGAGGAAUCAUUUCUUCCUCAGAAAAAGUCUUCAUUUGAUGAUUUGAAUAAAGAGCUGAGAGAUAGAACACAUCAAGAACGAAGCAAUGUUAUCGACAUGAAUAAAAAAUAUAGUCAAACUUUGCCGAGUCAACAUAAACAUCGUUCAGUUGAUCCAGUGGGGAGAGUGAGCGAUUCUAUGCGGAAUCUUGGCCUUGACAAAAACCAUUCUAGAAGUGAAAAACAGCCCAAAUGGCAAUGUUCAACUUGCACGUUUUUGAAUGUCCACGGCAAAGAUAUUUGUGAAAUGUGUGGCAAGUCUAGACGGAAGGGUAAUGAGGACAAGCCCCUUGCCAGUGGAGGUAAAGAAUGUCCGCAUUGUACCUUAGUAAAUGAAAGAAAUGUAUCUAACUGUGACGCAUGUGGAGCUAGUUUGAAAGAUUCUCCCACCUACAUAUGAAAAAAAUUAAAUUUGAUAUUAUGUGUGUCCUCCAAGAGGAUUCAUUCAUAGAUGAAAUGGGCUAGUCUAUGUUCUGCAUCACAGAAUGAAAAGUAUUUGUUAUCUGAUGCAUGUUGCUCUGAUAUCAUGAGAAUUAGAAUUAGGGAUGGCAAUAUAGACCAAGGGACAAAGUGCAAGAUGAUUGUAACGAUGGGUGGAUUUUACCUGGAGUGUCUUUAAAGGUGCCAAAAUAGUCCAAAGUUCAGCAGUUAGUUUCUUUGCUGAAUUGAUAAUUGGUACCCUAAUCUGUAGUGAAAACUAUAUUGAAAAAAAUUCACGCAACAACAUUAUCUGUAGAAAUAACUCCAAUGGUUUUACAUUCAUGCAUUCUAGAAAUGGUAGUGUAAACUUUCGAGGCAACUAUAAAUUGGCCUAAUACUCGAGUUAAUUUUUUUACUGCUAAGUUAAAUGACAGCCGAGAAUUCUGGUGGCUUCAUUAUUAUAGCAAGAAUCCCGGGAAAAAAAGAUAACCAAAUACCUAUAAUCUUUUUUUCUAGCUGAUCUCUCGACAUUUUAUUAGGGCUGCUAUAAAUUAAUAAUUUAUCGAUUUGUCAAAGUUUGCCUCAACAAACUUUUAAAAGCAAGCUAAUCUGCGGCAGAUUUACUAAUGUUUAAAGCAAAUUUCUUUAAAUUGCGAUCGUGUCGUCAUCGCGAUUCCCUAACGCAUAAAUCACCAUACGCACAUUAUACGCAAUACUAAUUUAUUUCAUCUAUUUAUUUUUUGUUAUCCGAUCAUAUUUUUGGUUUGGAAAUACGCUCUAAUUUUGGGUUUUCCUUAAAAUAUAGCCAUAAUUCAUUAAUAACUUCGAGUAAUUUCUGAAAGUAGUGGUUGAAGUUGGAAAAACAAAUUAGAAUUUUCCACCAUUUUUUAGUCAUACUUAUGUAAAUGUAUCAUUUUAAAUUUCCCCUGAAAAAUGUAUAGAUUUUGUUGGGUGAAAGUCAAUACCUAUUUGGUAACACACAAUACUUUGUUAUUCGAAGUUUACCUUGAAAAUUACAAGGUACAAAUCAUUAUAGAGUACAUAGUCUACACACGACAGCAAUAGCAACAUUACAUCUGUUAAUUGAAUAGGCAACUGAUCACGAUGAAUAAUGUAAGAAACGUAUCAUUGGCAUACUUCAGACUUUCUGUAUUUGCAUAAGUUAUUGUGAAAUUAUACUGUUUUGAAUAUGAUACAUGAUAUAAUAGAACUUCUAUGAUAAUAAAAGAUGUAUUUUUACUAAUCAA